AUGGACCCCUUCAGUAUCUCCGUCGGCGCUAUUGGGAUCACAGAAUUUGCUCUAUCCAGCAUUAGUAAACUUCGGGGAAUCCUUGAUGGCCUCGACGAAGCGAACGAUGUGAUGCAAGACGUGACCUUUGAGUUAGAAGCUAUACGGCAUCCACUCUCCAUCCUCGAGGAUCUCCAGAUUUCUGAUGAACCAACAUAUCUUGCAGCAAAACGGGAUCUGGAGAGAACCGGCGUUGCUGAAGCAGUGAACAAAUGCGGGCAGGCAUGCGACAAGUUUUCAAAGAGGCUCGAGAAAUGGACGAAGCAUUCUAAUACCACGGAGCUUUCCAUCCGGGAUCGACUGUCGGUCGGCUUAUGGAACAGAGAGAAGAUCCGGACGUUCAGGAUGCAGGUCCAUUCUUGUCAGUCGAUUGUCCAGUUUGCUAUCGACAGCGCCCAGUUAAUCAUCCUAGUACGGUCCGAAAAUGCGUCCAAAACUAAACGGCAAGAGACUGAGAAACAACUACGAGUCCUCGAGACUGCUAUCCAGAAGCACAUCGAGCUCACAAAAAUACAACAAGACGAAGCUUUGCAGCGCAGGAAGGACCUUGGAAGCCUAGAGGACGAAGAUGAGGAAGACGACGGCCAGCGAACUCUGGCCAUUCGAGAGACCGAAGAGCAAUCCCGUUUACUAGAAGCCGACCAAUCUGCCUCUGGCAUUGUUUCCCAAAUACUCUCGACAUUGUCUGUCCCACGUGGCAAUACAUAUACCAUCGAUUUCUCAAAUAGUCACAAUCAUGGGGGUCUACAGAUCGGUCACAGCGCAGGUACGAUCAAUUGGAAUGGCAGUCGCACCUAA